UCGAAAUUUCAUAAACCUUUUGUUAGAAACUAAACACCUGUGACAACAAUGGGUGACGAUGGAUCGGAUGUAGCUCCUGAAGAAAAAGAUUGCACUGCAUUUCUUGAUGAAAUUGAUCUUGUGAAGAAGGAUCAAAGAACUUCUCUACAGAAACAAAUCAUCCAUAAAGAUAACCAAAUUUCCAGCGAGCAAACCUUUAGGAUUGGGAGCACGGACUCCAAGAGAUACUCCUUCUGUGUCUUCCAAGAGGAAUCGCAGUUGAAAGUGCUCCAAAAUCUGAUCGACAAGGAGCUAUCCGAACCGUACUCCAUUUACACCUAUCGCUACUUUGUGUACAACUGGCCAGAUCUUUGUUUCUUCGCGCUGGAUGGAGAUCGCUACGUGGGCGCAAUAGUGGGCAACUUGGAGGCGGCAGCUAGUGGAGUUCUGCAGGGGUAUAUUGCCAUGCUGGCGGUUGAUGUGGAGUACAGGAAGCAGGGAAUCGGAAAGGCCCUCUCCGAAAUGGCCAUCGAUGCCAUGGCGAUGAGGAAAGCAGCUAUGGUUGUCCUGGAGACCGAGAUGACCAACAAACCCGCACUGGCGCUCUACGAAAGUCUGGGAUUUAUUCGGGAACGGCGGCUUUUGCGCUACUACAUGAACGGAGUGGACGCCUUUCGUCUCAAGUUGGUGCUUGACGAGUCCGCCAUCUUCCUUCCCAGCGAGGACUAGUGUAGUUAGAAAUAGUUUCCAUUUGUUAAUGAAUGCUUCUGAUCGGU